AUGAGAUAAUAAACUAGUUCUUUCAUCUAAUUGCUUUGCAAGUGUCUCAAGUUUCGAAAAACUAAAUCAUAAAAUUAUGAAUAAAUUAAGAAUCCAAUUGAAAUUCCACAAUAAAAUGAAAGAUCUAAAGUACUUUUGUGAUUAGAUUAGGGGAGAAAAACUUUAGUAAUUGAUUUAGAUGAAACUCUGGUUCAUAGUUCAUUUGAACCAAUGAAAGUAAAUGAUUUAAUCGUUGAAGUAUGUAUUAAAUAAAUAAGGUUACAAUGAAAGAUUAGAAAUAUAAAAUUUAUGUUAACAUAAGACCAUAUGCUUAAGAAUUUAUUAAAGAAACUUCUAAAAUAUUUGAGAUUAUAAUUUUUACUGCUAGCAUUAGUGAAUAUGCAAAUUCUGUUAUUGACUUUUUAGAUCCUCUAGGUUUAGUCGAUUUAAGAUUGUUUAGAGAAAACUGCACAAUUUAUAAUGGUGUUCUUGUAAAGGAUCUAUCUUUAUUAAAAAGAAAUUUAGAUUCAGUUAUUCUAAUUGAUGUAUAAUAAAUGUUAAUAUAAUUAGAACUCAGUCAAUUCUUUUAUGUUAUAACCAAUGAAUGCUGUGCAUAUUUUAAAUUAUUUUGAAGAUAAAACAGAUUAGGAAUUAGCUUUGUUGAUACCUUUUUUGAAACUUCUUUCUUAAGUAUCAGACUUUACUUAAUUUUAGUUUUAAGAUGUUAGGCCAGUUCAUGAAUGGUUAUUUAAGUAUGCUCACUUUGAUAAAUUUGAAUAUGUUGAUGUUAUGGGAACAAAGUAAUAAUUCUAUGACUUGCCAACAAGUUCAGAUACUUAAAGAGAUAAAUUAUUAAGUCCUGCAGAUACCCCAAAAUUAGAAGAACAUAAAAUAUUAAUUAAGAGUGGUAUUAAAAUACAAACGCAAGAAAAAAAUAAAGAAGAUGAGAUAAAUGAUGAAUUAGAAGAAAAAAAAAAUAAUUCAAUGUCAGUAGAUAAAUUUACUGAAACUCCUAAUAGAAGUGAAAGCAAUAAUGAAAAAAUAUCAGUACUUAGAGAAAAUUUAAAUAUUAAUUCCCCUAAUUCAUUAGGUAAAUAAAUAUUGUUUCCAUAACACUAAUGA